CUUUGACAGGUCUUCAGUUGGCAUUGACAACUAUUUUGCUUUUUAAUUUUCAAGUUCAUUUUAUCAUUUCCUUUUGAAAGUUAUAUCUUAUAAUCUUAUUAAUUUUUUAUUUCGAAAAUGAUUUGUCGAUAAUCGCAUUGAUAAGACAUUUUGCAAGAAUAAUCAACUGAUUAUGCUAAGCUGAAGUGAAUUGGCUACUCAAAACACUGCACAAAUAUGAAUUUGCCUGCUUCUGCUUCAUCAAAAGUAAAAUCAUGCCCAGCUUUUUACUUGAACAUUUAUGAAUGAAAAGUUGUAUUUGUUUAAGAAGGAACAUUUCCAAAGACAUGGUUCGAUGAGGAAAGUGAUCCCAGCUGACUCUGGCAAAGAAAAUCUCUUUGAAGGGCACAAAAGUGAGGAAAUAGAGACAAUUUAUAAGGUCUACAGGCAAGAAUAUGUCAUAUUAGCUGAGUACAAAAUGGUCCAGAAUGAAAACAUUUUUGGUGUUUAUGUCAUUCCAUCCCAUGAAAGUUCCUUAAUGUGGUUUGGAGUGAUAUUUGUAAGAAGAGGCUUUUAUGAAGAUGGAGUAUUUAGGUUCAAUAUUUUGCUAGAUGAAUCAUUUCCUGAUUCAAGCCAUCCAGUUGGUAACUUUCAAGAAGUCAACAGACAUCCACUCAUGUAUUUUUCUUUACAGAAAGUGAUAUUUCAGUCGAAAAUAUUCCACCCUGUGAUAAAUUCUAAGACUGGUGAACUAAACUUGUUGGGUGCCUUCCCAGAAUGGAACAAAUCAGAACAACAUCUAUGGCAGGUCCUCAAAUAUGUACAGUGGAUAUUUUAUGAAAUUGAAAGUUGUAUUGAUCAUGCUGUCAAUUCAGAAGCUGCUGAAAUGUGGCAAACCGACCGGGACUCGUUCAAAUCCGAGGCUGUCGCGUGCGUCAAAGCAAGCCACGACCGACUGUACGAUGCUCCGCCCACCGACGACCCCCACCACAUCUGCUUCGAGCCGUACUCGCCGGCGGUGCACGAUCACGUGAGGAGUUCGAUGCUGGAGGAGGGGCGCAGGGCAGUGGGGGGGAUGGAAGGGGGGGCGAAGAGGGGGCUGUCUUGGGUGUUGGCGGGCAGCGGCAAGUCACUGACGAGGCCGCCGACGCCGCAUUCGGAGGGGGAGUCGUGA